CAAAGCCUCCCCUCUACCACCGUGAAAUCCAGAAAAAUAUCGCCAUUUUUGUAUAGAGAAAAGGGAGAAACUGAAAGCCGAGGAAGGAGAAGAGAAGAGAGUGCGAAUUUCAGCGGAAAUGGCAGGGAGAGUAGAUCUGGACGGGAAUCCGAUAAAGCCGAUUAAGAUAUGUAUGAUUGGCGCCGGAGGGUUCAUAGGGUCCCACCUCUGCGAGAAGCUGAUGGCGGAGACGCAGCACACGGUUCUCGCGGUGGACGUGUACAAUGACAAGAUCAAGCACCUCCUCGAGCCCGCCUCCUCCCACCCCUGGGCCGAUCGCAUCCAGUUUCACCGCCUCAACAUCAAGAACGACUCUCGCCUUGAAGGCCUCAUCAAGAUGGCAGAUCUGACCAUAAAUCUUGCUGCGAUCUGCACUCCUGCUGAUUACAACACCCGUCCUCUUGACACAAUUUACAGCAAUUUCAUUGAUGCUCUGCCUGUGGUCAAGUACUGUUCAGAGAAUAGCAAGCGUCUUAUUCACUUUUCUACCUGUGAAGUUUAUGGAAAAACCAUAGGCUGCUUCUUACCCAAAGAUAGUCCGUUGCGGCAGGAUCCUGCGUACUAUGUUCUUAAGGAAGAUGAAUCUCCUUGCAUUUUUGGUCCCAUUGAGAAGCAGAGGUGGUCCUAUGCAUGUGCAAAGCAAUUGAUUGAGAGAUUGGUCUAUGCUGAGGGUGCUGAGAAUGGUCUAGAAUUCACCAUUGUGAGACCCUUCAACUGGAUUGGUCCUAGGAUGGAUUUUAUUCCUGGUAUUGAUGGUCCCAGUGAGGGUGUUCCAAGAGUUUUGGCAUGCUUCAGUAAUAACCUUUUGAGACGUGAACCAUUGAAGCUUGUUGAUGGAGGUCAAUCUCAGAGAACCUUUGUAUAUAUCAAGGAUGCCAUUGAAGCUGUUGUUUUGAUGAUUGAAAAUCCUUCAAGGGCAAAUGGCCAUAUUUUUAAUGUGGGCAAUCCUAACAAUGAAGUUACUGUCAGGCAGCUUGCUGAAAUGAUGACGAAGGUAUAUUCGAAGGUCAGUGGGGAAGCUGCAAUUGACAGUCCAACCUUAGAUGUAAGCUCUAAAGAAUUCUAUGGUGAGGGGUAUGAUGAUAGUGACAAGAGAAUUCCAGACAUGACAAUAAUCAACAAGCAACUCGGCUGGAAUCCUAAGACAUCGUUAUGGGACUUGCUUGAAUCCACACUCACAUACCAACAUAGAACAUAUGCUGAGGCUAUCAAGAAGGCAAUUUCAAAGCCAACUGCAAGUUGAAGGGCAUUUAAAGAUGUUAAGUAAACCUAUGUUGUCCAGAUGAUAUACGGAGUAGAAUUUUUUCUUCUGUGGGUUUUCCAAUCUUACAAUAGCUUGCUUGCAGUUGUAAGCAACCAUGUAUCAAUGUCUUUAGACAAUAGAUUUAGUUCAGAAUUGUGUCUAGUAUGCUACUAGAGCUUUAGCUACUUUUUCACUGAAAGCAUACUGUUCUUUUGUUGUCAUAAUAUUGUCAUUGCUGCUGCUCAUACUGAGGAGGGAGGAGCAUGUUGUACCAUUUUGUUUUGUGGUUUUACGUAAUGGAUCAAGUUUGAAGUAAUCUUCCAGCAGUUUUACGUAAUGGAUUGUUUCGAUGA